CCCUCGCUGAAUAAAGCCUUGCAAAAAUAUUUACAUUGCCAUUUACAAUGGUGUUUAUACAUUUAUAUAUAACCUUAAUGAUACAGUAAAUGAGUUAUCAAAAAAAAUAUUUAUAUCUCUUACAUCCUUCGAAGACGUGACUGGCUGAUUUCUCAAAAUCUACGAGGUGAUUCCUUCGGGAACCUCCGAAACAAUUCAAACGAUUCGACUAUCGAUCCGGUGAAUUACAUAGUUACUUUCGAGUGGCAGGAGUCCCGCAGGACACACGUGUGUGACGUGUGUUUUUGUGUCGUAUUGUCGUGACGUUUAUUCCAACAGAAUACGGAUUACGGUAUAUGAGAAGUUGUUUCUUCCCUGUGUCCGGCUCUUCGAAAUGACCACCACCUUCCACACCGCCGAGAUGGACGAAAGUACGAUAUUAGAGGAAGAAACUCAGACUGAUACAUCUUCAGAGAUAUUUGAUGAUUACGAUGAUGAAGAGCUAUUAUCACCUGCACCUUCUUCGGAGAACCAAUCUAAGGUGAAUCAACCUAAAGAGGAUCAAUCUAAGAAGGAUCAACCUAAGGAAGAUCAACCUAAGGAGGAUCAAUCUAAGGAGGAUCAAUCUAAGGAGGAUCAAUCUAAAGAGGAUCAACCUAAGGAGGAUCAAUCUAAGGAGGAGGAGUCAUUAGAUAUACUUGGUAAUGGUCAGCUGAAGAAGAAAGUUCGAAAGAAAGGCCAGAAAGAUGUAAAGCCGCAAAGAGGUGAUAUAUGUACACUAGAAAUGAUUGGUAUGCUUGACGAUGGGACAGUAGUGGAAUAUAAUGAUAACAUGUCGAUACAAGUAGGGGACUUGGAAGUAGUACAGGGAUUGGACCUAACGAUUGUAUUGAUGGAAUUGGGCGAAGUUGCCGAAAUUCGAGUUGAUCCUAGAUUUGCUUAUGGCACACGUGGCGAUGGAUCUGUACCACCUAAUGCUACUGUUACAUACAUGGUUGAAUUGAAGGCGAUAACAGAUGAGCCUGAGAUAGAAACUCUGAGCAUUCGGGAAAGAAGAGAAAUAGGUAACAAGAAACGCCUACGUGGAAACUGGUGGUUUAUUCGCAAGGACUUUACUUUCUCGAUACAGUGCUAUCGGAGGGCGUUAGACUAUCUAGAAAUAAAGAACAGUACAAAAUGGAAUAAAAAUGAAGCAGAGACGGUUACCGAUACUGAAUUGCAGAUCCUGUUGGAUGAUAGCUUAAAAGUGCAUAACAAUUUUGCUGCUGCAUUAAUUGAAAUGAAAAACUACCAUGGUGCUUUAGAUCAUGUAGAAACAGUUCUGAAGUUUCAACCAAAAAAUACGAAAGCUCUAUUUAGGAAAGGAAAAAUAUUUAAAAUUGAAAACGAAUAUGGAAAAGCUUAUGCAACUUUCCUUGAAGUGCAAAAGUUAGAUCCAAACCUGAAGUCAGUACAGGCGGAAUUGAUGAGUUUAAAAGAAAAAAUUUCAAAACAGAGUAAGCAAGAAAAGAAUCUGUAUGCUAAAAUGCUAGGUAUAGGGACAGAGAAAGAUGCUAAGCACCCGUCAAAGAAUACAAAGGUAAAAAAUAAUAGUAAAAUUGCUAAAGGAAUUUUAUGGACUCUGCUUGGAGCAUCUGCUGCUGUUGUCGGUAUACUUAUACACAGAUUUGCUUCGUGAAAAAGAAAAAAAAACAGACAAAACCAGUUAAUGAGGUACAGAACCUAUUGUAUUUUUUUUCAAUAACAGAAACAUAUUAAUUUAAAUAUUAUAAAAUUUUAUAAUUAUAUAAUAUUAAAUUAUAUAUUUCUGAUAUUUCUAAUAUAUUUGAGAUGAACUAAUAAAUGGUAAACCAUAAAUGCAAAAAAA